AGCAACCUUCGUGCAUCUCCAAAAGCAAGAACCACUCAAACACAAGCAAACUCCUCCAUGACGUCAGGCACCCGCGCCCGUGCAUAACCCCUUCCGUCCAGCUCAAGCACAUGGCUCGGACCAAAGGUACGUACCCAUCCAUCUACCCCCAAACCCACGCGCUACACCAUCUCGCUCCUAUUCCUCCCGCGUUUCCCCUUUCCGCCGGCCCUGGGGCGGAGCGGAGCGGGCCCCGGCGCUUGCACGUGCCAGCGCCGUUUAGCCAGUUGGGCAAAUCUCGCCUGCGCUCGCCUGCUUUUCGCCUGUGCUGCUAGCGCGGCUAGGCUAGGGAUUACGUGCAUAGAGCAUCGGGUCCACAGUAUGUAUGUACAUAACACACAUACAAACAAGGAGCGGAAUAGAGUGGGCCCUCUGGUGAUUAAUGCUUCUGGAAAGGGCAUCAACGAGGGUUCCCGGGGUCGGGUGGAGCCGGGUGCGCGUGUUCACAUGUUAG